AUGAACAAUAAUAAUAAUGGAGGAAAUGGUGGUAAUGCAUCUCAAGGUUCGAUGACUUUGGCCACCUUCUUAAAGGUUAAUCUACCAAAGUUCAAGGGAACCACCAAUCCAACUGAAGCCGAUUCCUGGUUUCAGGCCAUGGAGCGAGCACUACAAGCAUGGUUGGGAGCCCGACGUUUCCUGCAGCAGGGUGAUGACCCUAUCACCUGGGAUGCCUUCCAGGUAGAAUUCUAUAAGAAGUACUUUCCGAAUUCCACCCGGACGGCAAAGGAACUUGAGUUACUGCAGCUGAAGCAGGGUGCCAUGUCUUGGAAGUGCAUCAAGUAUGAAGGAGGGUUUCGGAGCGACAUCUUCGGUUCAGUAGGGCCUAUGGAGAUCAGGACUUUCUCUGAGUUGCUGAAUAAGAGCAGGGUUGCUGAAGAGUGUGUGAAAAAGGCAGCUGUAGAGAAAGGAAGCCAUAGGGGAGCAUUCCCACAGAACCAAGGGAAGAGCUUUACUCCUAGAGGUCCGCCUUUCAAGCGGGGAGGCUUUGUACCACCACGGACUCAGGGUCAGAAUAACUUCAGAAGGCCUAAUAACAAUAAUGUCCUGGGAAGAAGAUUUGGGAAGCAGCCUCUGAAUGAGCAAGCUUGUGUUAGAUGUGGGAGUUACCAUCCUGGCGUUCUGUGUAAGGCCGGUUGGGGCUUAUGCUACUCAUGUGGUAAGCCAGGGCAUAAAGCCUCCAACAGUUCAGAGAAGCAGAGACAGGAUGCUGGGAGAGCACAGUAG